GGAUAACAAAACAUGUCGGGAUUGGCACUCCUACAGGCGUGGGUUGCGCACGCUUCAACAAUUAGUAUAAAUUUCGGUUCGGCACGGGGAUUCAUUGCUGAUCUCCCCACUUGGAGGGCCUCCAUAUACUGACGAAGAAGAAGCAACUUAGAUGAACAAUAACUUCCGAGUUCCGCGCGGAUUUGUUGGAGCGACGCUGGAACCCUUCCUGGGGCGCUGAGCUCGCCACAAGCGGCGCUGGAGGCGCCGCCAGGGGGGGCCCAGCGCCGACACAAGUCAGCUGCGUGGACCUCCGAAAGUUGAUGUGACAGGUUGGUUUCUUCCUCAACCAGACAGUACCUUUCUCGUUGAUUAUGCUGUGGGGCCUGGCGCUCAGUGGCAUCCUGCUGGCCAACGGCUUGGUGUCUCCCUCUCCCGUGAGGCAGGGCAGCACACUCGCCGCCGCCCUGCUUCAGGGCGGCCCCACAGCCGACCUGGGCGCCGACGAGGAGGGUGGCCUGCUCUCGGACGAUGACGACGACGUCUACCAGGAAGACGUCGCAGUGCGGAGUAAUGCGCGAUACGGCAGGGUCGAGUCGAACUGUUCAGCCUGCUCCUUCACGAUCGAUCUGAGUUGCGCGCACCACUUUGAGAAGCGGUCGGGAUAUUGGCACCGGCUGGCCGAUUGCUUGAUUCCAGGCUAUGGUUUGCUAGAUAUGGCGAGGAAGGCCAAAGGGACCGUUUGCAUCCUCACUUAUUUCGAGUACACCAGCCGUGGGGGUGUCCACUUGAAGCCAAAUCUCAGCCCGAUUCUCCCCGUCCUGAUCCCAGACCUGCUCGCAAAGGGCGCCCGCAUCAUCGAUUCCAGCGAUCCCUGUGCAGAGACCCUGCAGGCGCACGCCGUGGACCCUAGCGUGACUGACCAAGUCGAGCAGCAUUACAUGGACGAGUUCCCCAGGCUGAAGAACAUUACGGGUCGGUACCCCAUCAAUUGGCAGGCAAACGUGCGCGCGUUGCAGCGCGAUGCCGCCAAGGCCGUUCCCUCGCCCGACCCUGCCCAGCUCAUCUUGCUGGACCGUCCAGACUCUGUCUCUCGCGUCCUGUACCCGAAGGCGAAGGCUGCCCUCACUGGCGUCCUGAGGGGCAUCGCGGCCGCGAAACACAUUGGAUACGCAGAGUAUCUCGGCGCGGCGAGCAUCACAGACACACUGUCAGACUCUUCAUGAACGCCGCUGGCACCAUUGGCUAUCACGGGGCGGCCUUCGUCAACGCUCUCUUCACCGCCAGACCAAGCUGUAUAAUAGAACUCUCAACGUACACGGAUAAGGAUGGAACGCAUGAGUGGCGAACCAACGAAUGGCUCGCAACCGAGCACGCUCUGCUAUCCUGGCAUAAAGUCCACAUCAAUCUCCAGACCCUGCUGACCAUAAAUGGCGAGAAGCUCCCUUGGAAGAAAGGGAUCAUAAACAAGUGGAUCAAGAACCUGCACUACGUCGACCUGUCAGACUCCGACGUGGCCGCCGUCGGGGACGGCCUCAGGAUUUGCCUGGAAGGCCUGAAGGGCUAGAGCAGUUCUGGCUGGCCGGCUCGCUCUCUAAUGCUUGCCUCCCUGUUCCGAUUGAUUCGUUGUUUGACGACAUUCUGAAAAAAUAUUUGCG